AUGUCUCUCUCUAAAAAAAAACCCACCAGGCACUGGAGGACCGCCCGCUUGCGGCUGUCUGGCUCAUCAGAUUUCCCUCUCCCCCUCGCCCCGAUUCAAAAAUUUCGUCGCCCAUCUCUCUUCCCCACCCCGCUGCCGAUCCAUCUCCAUGCCCAAACCCUAGCCCCCGCACCCCUCCUCCGCCCCCGGCCACCUCCGCCACCGCUCCGGCAGCCGGCCAUGGAGAACCUCUUCAUGCAGGUCUUCGAGCGCCGGGACUGGGUCACCGGGCAGAUGCGCCAGCAGGUCGACUCCCACGCCGAGUCCCUCGCCUGCGCCUUCCUCGCCGCCGGCCACCGCCCCCCGCCGUGGCUCCUCCCCUCCUGCGCCGCCGGUCCGCAAGAGCUAAAUGGUAAACCAAUUGUUCCGGGGUUACUUUUCGCUGGAAGCCAGAUUACUACACCAGCAACCAACAGAACUGUCUUUCAGCCACCAGCUGUGCCUAGUAUUUCACUCAGAAAUGUGGUGGUUCCAGAUGGAUAUGCUGGUCUAGACACUAUUUGUGACACCAUGGAUACUAACCAACAUGAAGUGCCUCAGCAAAAACAGGUUUCAGUUGACCAGGAGAUUGUUGAGGCUAAUUCUGAUGUCAACAUGUUCUCUGUGGUAAAGCGUUCCAGGUCAAGGCAGCGGCAUAUUGAAGAUCGCUCGCGUGAGAAGGGUCAAGCUACAAAUAGUGGAACCAGUGAUGUUAUGCAAGACAGGAUGCAGAGGUCUGAACUUGCAACUGCAGGUUCGAACAAAACAACUGCAUCAUUAUCCUCCAAACCAUGUGGUGAUGGUGAAAACAAUGCUGGAACAAUGGCCUCUUUGUCAGGUCAGGAGAAAGGUUUUUAUGCCAACCAGGAUAGAUCAACUGAAUUCGUCAAGUGCAGUAAAGAUGGUGAUCUUGGAAAUCAAGGAGUUCAGUUAGAUUGUUCUCAAAACCAGAUUGUCAGUUAUGAUAAUAAUGUCAAGGUUUCUGUUAGAAGUUCUUUUGAAGUGCAAGUUACAAGCAGUGUGUGCCAUGCACUCCCUGAAACUUAUCUGUCGGUUGAGCCGAAAAAACUUCAAUUUGAUGGUGUUGAAUCAGUUUGCAUGAAUUCUGCAAGUGAACAGACGAUGCAGCAACCAGUAUGUGCUCUGGAAGGUGCCAAUCUUGAUCUUGCUGAGGCGCAUCCCUUAAACGAAGACCCAUCUUCUACCAGCUAUUCUCAAGUUCCUCGUUCUAUGGGCAGAUUAUUGCUUGAUGGUGUGGAAUCAGGAUAUUUGAACCCUGACAGUGCACCAGUGAAGCAGCAGCAGAAAAGUGCUUUGGAAUGUGCCAUUCUUGAUCUUACUGGCGUGCAUUCCGGAAAGGAGGACCAAUCUCCGACCACUUUACUUGAAGUACCUAAUCCUACCGGCAUACUAUUGGUUGAAAGGGAUACACUGCACACUGCAGAAGAUACUGAAAGACUAACGAGACCUGACAGUUCUUCACAUCGGAUCAUCACUCGGAGUUCUGUGUCUUUUGAACAACAGUGCUCUGAUUCUCAUGUUUCACAUCCUCCAUACAGUGAAACUUUGCAGUCACCUAUCCAACUAGCUGAUACUAGUUUUGGGGUUCAUGCGUCAUCACAAAUAUUGCUGGGCAGUCUGUUAGAGAAGGCCGAUAGUGAGGACCUCUCACAUUUACCUGUAAAUGAUGUGGAUAACCACGGCUCCCAAUUGGAGUCUGCUGAAUGCCCUGAGCAGCUUCAACCUCAGACUAGUCCUUUGGGUGACGCUUAUAAAACAAGCCUCUCUCCUUAUGAAAUACAAAGUAAUGACACACAUUCCAAUGGUUGUGCUGUUGUAAAUGUCUCUGUAUCUGAAGAAAAUCACUUAUCUCAGGAGCAACAUUUGUUGGCCAGAACAUCUUUAGAAUUCAAGGAGACCGAUGUGGAGACUCCCUUUGGCCAUGCUUCCCCAGUCACACAAAACGAGACACUCAAUGUGAAGGCAGCAUAUGAUGGGGUCAACUGCCGUUCAGGAAAGUUGGAUGAUGUUCAGGUAAAAUUGUCAGCUUUGACCAAAGCAUGCAACAUUUCUGUCAGCAACAAAAAAGAUGAGUGUGCAGUGCCAGAAGUUAUGAGCAGUGCUUCAGCUAGGAGAACCGGCGAAAUGCACUCAACUGAAAGGAACAGUAUGACUUCGGCCGAAGAUCUGCAACAAAAUGGAACAGAACAAAAGACCUCUUUUCUUGAGAAUGCUGUUAAAGAAAAUGUUAAUUCAUGUACAGCAGAAAACGAUAAACGGAAAUUUUCACAACCUUCUGUUCAGUACCUCUUACGUAGUGCAGCAUCACAUGAGAAAAUUAAUCUGCUCAAGUCAGACAGAAGCAGUGCUGCUUGUGACCAGAAGAGGUCUGUUCAAGAUGGAGUUAAAGGAAAUGAUAGUUUGUCAUCUAAAAGGAGAAGAAUAAGGCGCCGAUCAGACUUUGACCUUUCCAGGACAUCUUGCACAAAUUCAUUGUCUCUGAACCACCAAGUUGACAUUGCUGGUCCUAUGUUGACUGCGACAAAUUUCUCGGAGAAAUCCCAUCCUUCGAGUCCUUACUUCUCAAGGAGUUCAGGAUCCUGCAAGAGCAUGUCUCUGGCAUCAGAGGGGGGAAAUGCUGCAAGUGAUGUUUAUGGAAAUGGGAAUUCUUCACGGGGAAGAAGAAACGCAACUAGCCUAUUAAAUGUUGUCCUUGAUAACUCUCCUACUGCAAGCACCAGCAGGAGAGCAUUGGAGGGAAGGAUCUUCAAAACUUCUCAAGAACAGAAACAAAAUAAGUUGGAAGUUGACUUUCUGACAACGACUGCUGCUUUGCCUUAUUGCUCUGGCAUCCUAUCUCAUAACGAGGAAAACUGCACACAACAGGAAGGUACUUGCUUAGAAGGUCAAGACCUAAAUGUCACUGCUGCAAGUGUGGCAGACCAGGAAAUGGCUCUUGAGACGGAUAACUUAUCAUCUCCAAUUGCAAUAUUAAAUCAAGAAAAUUAUUCUGGAACGGAACCAUUUACUCAAUUCCCAAGUUAUGCUUUAGAUCAACAUGGUGAACAAGCAUCUGCUCCGAAUGCACUGUUUCAUGGGAAAUUAUGUUAUGGAUCCAAUGUUAAACGUGGUAGGAUAUAUAAAAGUUAUGAUCCAAAGGGACAUUUGCUGCCUGGUGCUGCUAUUUCAAUGCCAGUAUUCGAGAGAUUUGAUGUUCCUGGCCAAUUUGACAGCCCAAUUAUCGGAAAAAGGUCAUUUGAGUCCCUUCACGAUUCUUGCCAAUUAGGCACCAUCAGCUCAGGUCCUCCAAACAAGUAUAAUACCAACACAGCGAGUAGUUUGCAUCAGCUAUUGACAACUAUGUCACCAAGAAAAAGUCGCAGCGUUAUGGGCUCUUUUGGAUAUGGAUCGGAACUUGAUUCGUUUUUCAUUUCUGAUGACGUAGCCUCGUGCUCUUCAAAUGCUAGCAGCAGACAAGAGAUUAAUGAAACUCCGUUGACUCCGUCAGUUGAAAAAUAUAGCCUCCAGAAAAUUUCAUCAAGAUGUGGAUCUGGUUCAGAACAUAUGGGUUCUAUUCCUGAACUUAAAAUCUUCCGAAUUGAUGAAGAUAACAGUAUUCUGGAAGAAGAUGAGUACCAAGACAUGGCUCCUGGAUCUGUGGAUGUGAAUUACUCAUGCCAGCGGUCCUCUGAGAGAACAGCACUUCAGGAUAUUACCGGAUUAUGUCAAAACAAUGGAAAUUCUCCAUCUCUUUCGAUGAGAUGCAUGGAUAAAGGUAACAGCAUAGGCUUGAGUGCAGAAUCUGUCAGUCGUGAGCUCACUCAUCAUUCAAAUAUAAAAAAUGAUAGCAUUAAGCGAAAAUACAAUCACCCUACUUCAGUUAAGAGAGAAGGGAAAGCAUCCCGUUCUCUUCAUGGCAGAUUAGGUACGACAGAAAUAAUCAGUAGCACAAAUGGAAGACACAGGAGUGAAGCAAAUGUUGACAAACAAGGCACGGCAGAACUAAAGAGCAGAAAUGGAAGACACAGGAGUGAAGCCAAUGUUGAUAGACAAUCUAAGCCUAGCAAUAUUGUUUCCAAUGUGACAUCUUUUGUACCUCUUGUAAAACAAAAGUUGCAAUCUACAACAGUGUGCGUUAAAAAAGAUGUUAAGGUGAAGGCUCUUAAGGCAGCUGAAGCUGCAAAACGUCUUGAAGAGAAGAAACAAAAAGAGCAAGAAAAACGCAAAGCGGCUGCAAAAGCAGAGCGUGAAAGACUGAAGCAAGAGAAGGAAUUAAAACAAAAACUUGAAGAGGAGCAAAAGAAAAAACGAGAAGUUGAUGCGGCCGCUAAGAAGCGGCAGAGGGAAGAAGGAGAAAAGCGGGAAACAAUGAAAAAAAGAAAAUGCAUGGAUGAAGCUCGAAAGCAACAGAAGCAGCCUAUGGAUAAACAACGAGGCAUGAAGGAUGAGAAAGAUGCUCGUCAAAAAGCUUCUGAUAAUAUGGAGCCAAGGAAGAAUUUGGUUGAUGUAGGCAAAAGCCAAGUUAAAUCUGACGAGGCUACUGAACAUGCCCUUCGAUACAAGGCCAAUGAAAGUAAGGAUGAGAAAGGUGUUGCAGUAGAUGACAGGAAUGCAAGUUUUGGAUCUGAUGCUAAGGAAAAUAUCCUGAACAGUCUUGAGGAGUCCUACACAAUGACUCCGUAUAAAGAUUCUGAUGAUGAGGAUGAUGAUGAUUAUGACGAACAUGAACAAGAAGCAAGGCGCAGAAGGAAAUUUGUUCCUUCUUGGGCUCGAAAAGAAAACUUGGAUAAUAUCUUACUAUCCAAUAAAACAUUAGACCCUAGAGAAAUAUUUGCACGGAAGCUGUCCUUCAACAUACCUGAAGUCCUUUCGGCGCCCGUUCCUCAGCGCGGCUUAAGAUAG